AUGGCCGACUCUGCUGAAGCUACGGAUACUGACCUCUCCGCACUGUUCGACCGGUAUCCGGACAUCAACUUUGACACGACAGGGGACAUCGUCUCGAGUUCUGAGAUCAGUGAGCAUUUCUCAUCACCGGGUUCAAACGCUACAGACCAUGAUGACACUCCAAUCUCACACGAUUCGACUUCAACCGCCCACACCACUCCGCUGCGGCCCAGUCUUCGCUCCGCCGAAACACUGGAGUUUCCGACACUGGAUCUGUUCCUCGAACACGUUGCCAGUGCUGAUCUCCCCUUGACAUGCAAGGAAGCAUUCGAGAGUCUUGCACAGGUAACAGCUGGGCUCGGUUGGUUAUUGGUGCCUACCGAUGGUGAUCCUCCGGGGGUUCAUGUCGCUUGUAACAAGCAGAAGAUACUCGCCCUGGUCCGAUUCAUGUCGGCGCAGCUUCGGCAGUCAGUUGCCAAUGUCACCGAACAGAUCAACAACGUCGACUUUGUUAAGACGCGCGCUCCAUUCACAGCUGACCUGUCAGAGGGAGAUCUUUGGUGCAUAUAUCGACAGCGCGCAGUACUCCUUACAUGGUAUACGGCAUUGCCCUGCCGGACAGAGCAGACAAUGCUAGAAGACCUGACUCAUGUCUUUGAUUCCUACGUCUAUCACCCGUUUCUGCAGUUAUUGGGUAUCGAACGUGUUGAUAUUGACGUGCAGGAGGCCGUCAAUGGCCUCUACGACGUUCUCAUGACACUGUUUCACCACUACGCCGUCUGGAUGAACGAAAUGAAGGACAUAACAGUGAACUAUAUGCGACCGCUAAUGAGACGGAUACGGAGGUCUCCACAGAUACUCGGGGGGAUAUCAGAAGCUGAGGAGCUCGGCGAGGCAGUCAAGGCAUCGAUUGGGGAUUCAGAGGCACCAGGCAUGCAACCACAUAACGAGCGAGCCAUCCAAGAGCUCCAUUUGAGUGUCAGUCGACGGAGAAUAGUCGCUCCUCCAAGAGCCAGACAGAGGUAUCGGCGCGAACACACCGUGUAG